AUGGGAGAUCUAAUAUUGAAAGAAGGGGAUGAAAUGGGCUGUACUCCAUUACACCAUGCUGCAAAAAUGGGAUGUCUUCCAGCAGUGAAACUGUUUAUGAAAUUAACAAAUGGUAGAGAAGCAGCCUACAUGAAGGAUAAGAAAGGGAACACUGCCCUUCAUCUUGCAGCUGCUUCAAAUCAUAAGGACACAAUGGCGGAAAUUAUGAAACGGUGUCCGGAAUGCAGUGAAUUAGUGAACAAGAAAGGCUGGAAUAUUUUACACUGCGCCGUGCAGAACGAUGACCCCCAGUUUCGUCAGGCAAUGGAUACCAUACUGAAAAAGAAUGCAUUUAGCAACUUGUUAAAUGAAAAGGAUGAGCAAGGGAACACACCGCUCCAUCACAUUGCCAUUUCACUUAAUAAACACCGGCUUCAUGAUCUCAUUCAUCACCCUAGGGUGGAUAAGAUGGCAUUCAACAAAGAUAACCACAAUGCCCUCGACCUUGCUUCCGCUACUAAAACUUUUGCAGUGAGAAAGGUCAGUUAA